GUUUAUCUAAGAAAGUAAUAUAGUGAAUGGGUUUAUCAAGAAUUUUUUCUGUGUUCUGCAUAGUGAUAAAGUACUAUUUACAUUCCUUUUAUUCAUAGUGAAAUUUUGAUAUACUAAUUUUUUUUAGGCUUUUGCAUAGUAAUAGUACUCAUCAGUGCAAUAACUAUAAAGUCUUUUGUUUGCAGCUCUGUGGUGUUUGAAUAUGGAUGAGAAUUUCAUGUCAUGGAUACUAAUCUCAAGAAUAGGUUACGUGGUGGUGGAUAUGAGCCAGAACCACAAACCUAUUGAUCGUCACCAUGUUUUGCUAGACUCGCUCACUAAGCUUAUGGAUGGGGUUAAUGAUACUAGCUCUGGAACAGACAAGUGGCUUAGCAGAUUGGAGAGCAGUAACUGGAUGAACAACAUUAAAGAAACUUUGAACUGUGCUUGUCUUGAUGCUCAGUGUUUAGAUCAGGAAGGGGCUUCUGUCUUGGUACAUGACACUGAUGGUAUGGAUUCAACUCUACAGGUUACUUCCCUCGCACAAAUAAUACUGAGUCCAGACUGUAGAACAGUCAGAGGAUUUGAAGCUUUGAUAGAAAGGGAGUGGAUUCAAGGAGGACAUCCUUUUGCAACUCGCCAUGCUCGAUCUUGUUAUACCCCAAGUGCCCACCGGUCAAAAGCAAAUUCACCAACCUUCCUUCUAUUCUUAGACUGUGUUUAUCAGAUCCAUGCACAGUUUAGUUGUAGCUUUGAAUUUGCCGAGAACUUCCUAGUGAUGCUAUUUGAACAUUCCUACUCUUCUCAAUUUGGUACGUACAAUUGAAGUUAUUAUAGUUGCCAGUUG